UGCAACCCGGCUAGGCGCGAUGAACUCUACAGCGAGCGCAUACGAAAAGGAGAUCAUGGCUAUGGCUCGAGCCGACGUGCUCCAACGCUACUUCAAUGUGGCAGCGUCGAUUUUCUACGUGUACGACUUCCUGAUCACGUUCGAUCAUGAGGUGACCGUAUGGGCCAGCCGCUUCAGAGGGAUGAAAACGAUGUUUUUGAUUAACCGCUAUUUGGCCCUGGUCGCUACGAUCCUAGAGUCAUUCUUUAGCAUCCACGCUCUUUCCUCGCCAUCUUGGUGCCACGCAAGUAUGAUGAGGUUGCUCUUCGCUGUCGUACUAGCGGGAAACACCGAACUCGUCUUGUUGAAACGCAUUUGCGCCAUCUAUUGUAACGCCAAACACAUUGUUAUCGCCACCACUCUCCUUUACGCAUUUUGUAUUUGUACGAUGACGGGUUUGGUCAUCUCUGUAGUUGUAUUGGAUACCGUCAAUGCACAAUCUCUUUUGAUAUCUCUGGGAUGCCCUGCAGGUCCCGCCAUAUCCUUGCAACUGAUGGUCGGGACGUGGAUACCCAUGAUGAUUUUUGACUUCGUGCUGGCCGCUUUGGCACUUAACAAAGCAAUCAGCCAUCGGCGCGAGGUUGUGAACAAGGAAUGGCCCGCUGUUCGCUUGCUCAACUGCCUCGCACGAGAUUCUGUCUUUUACUUCCUCAUAAAUUUCUCCGUAUACUUCUUUGCUACCCUGCAGUACAAGUAUGGCUCGCUGCAGACGAUGGAGCUCGCAUCGGCGCUAUGCUUGGUUAUACCCCCCGUAUCAGUGACACGCCUGUUCCUGAGCAUGCAUCAAGCAGUGCACGGUGAUGAGGACGAGCACAAUAUGGUUGUAAUCAGCCUGUCUUUCAACCACUCGAGUGAUACCCAGCUUCCUACUCCUGUAUCCGAGACGCAAGUUGGUGUCGCGUUUUGACUGAGAGUAGUAUAAAUAUUCCGGACUCUUACUGUGUUGUUAUGCAUUUGUCGAUUAUCAAGCAGUCC